AAGUUCUAUAAAAAGUUAAAAUGCAUGUGUUUUUAACUGAAAGAGAAAGCAUAAUGCUUCUUACUGGUCGUCUCAUCACGGGCUUAUCAAUAAAAAUGUGCAAUAGUUAGCUUAUGAGCGCGCAAUUCGGCAAAAUUAUCUAAAUAAAUACAGCCUUGAGGAAAUAAACAUUUUGUGUGUGGGUGGUGUUCAUUUGUGUGUGGUGUCUGUCUAUGUGUUUGCGUGUAGUGUGUGCAAUAUUUUACUGUUCGAGCGCCAAAACCUCGGUGUAUUUUUUAUUUUGUAUUAAAUUAUUGAGUAUAAGGGCACUAAGCCAACAACAACAAUGUCCAACAUACGAUGCAUAAAUUUCUAUGAUUUGUGUCGCAUUUGCACGGCCAGUAGCGGGGGAAGCGAUCAACACAUAAACAUAUACUCGCCAGACGGCCGCGCCAAGAACUUGAGCUACAAAAUUGCAGAAUGUUUGGCACUGCAUGUCGACGAAAGGGAUCGCUUGCCCAAGGUUAUAUGCGCGCAAUGUCUUCAAAAUGUGGAACAACUAUUCGAGUUCCGCAACGUGUGCAAGAACUCCCAAGCAAUGCUCACCAAUUGCCUGAAUCUGAAGACACAGCAGAGCGACGAUAAGGUGUAUAUAAAGGAUGCCAUCAGCGAGAGCGGCAAGAGCCUGAGUGUGCUGAGUAAUCCUGUUCCGCAGCUGCCAGGCGUUAUUUCGACCAAUGGCCUAGCCACGCAAUCCCAAAACGAUCUCUUCAGCAGUAUUAUGCAGGCGGUGGGAGUACAGGUCCAGCAGCAACAGCAGCAGCAGCAACAACAACAACAACAGACCCUCGCAGCACCACAACAAUACACCAUUACGAUGGACAACAGUAUGCAGCAAGCGGCACCGGCGCAGCCUGAAGCACCAACUGCACAGAUCAAGAGCGAAAAGCAGAACACGCUGGAGGAGUUUAUUAGACUGAAAAAGGAUAUCAAAAUAACGCCGCUUGGAAAGAAGGACAACAGCAAUUGUGCAACGACGUCUGGUGUCAAACAGCAGCCGAUGCAGACCACGCACACACUAACGGCCCCAACUCUGCAGCCUCUACAGCAGCAGCAGCAACAACAACAACCACCACAACCACUGCGCACCAUUUCGGCUAUGCCACAGUUACAAAUUCAGCCACAGCAGUUGAACGAUUUGGCAUUCUGGCAGCAAUUCCAGCAAUUGCAACAAUUCACCCAAUUGCAGUUUGCGCCUAACAACAAUAACGCCGCAACCAUUGCGGUCCAGCAAACAAGUCAGGAGGAUGCAACGAGCCCGAGUGAGAGCAAGAAGCCGAAAUUGAAUUUCGUGCUAUCAUCGCCAGCGCCCCAAUUCGCUGCCACUUUGCCUCAGUUCGGGGGACAGCCACAAAUACAAUUGCAGCUCAUGCCGAGCGGUGCUGCAUCACAACAACAACAACAACAGCAACAAUUCAAUGCCGCUGCCUUGCUGUCGAGUCUGACGGCGACGCAGGCGAACGCUGGAAACACAGGCACGACAGCCUCCAAUAUGUUGUCACCAAACAAAUGCUUUCUGCCCAUCACUAUACGUGAUGAGAACUCAGAUCAGCAGAUUGUCGCGCAUAUAGACACCAAAAACUUGGUCCUGCCCACGACAUAUCAGGUGCAAAUGAAGCUACAGCCGCAAUUGGCAACGGCGGAUGGUCAGCCCAUCAUGCAGCUGACGCCGACAUCAAUACCCGCGACCUUGCAACUGACGCCUCAAACGUUGGGAAAUGCCGCAUUCCAAGGCGCUACGGCAGGCUCCACGUUGCAAACCCAAUUCCUUGCACCACAACAGACACAACAAUCACCCCAACAGCAGCAGCUUCAACAGCAACAGCAACAACCACAACCACAAUUGUCGCUGUCAACGGCACAGGUAACGUCGCAUCAAAUUUUACGCUCACCGAGCUCUCAAGUGGUCAUCAGAAAUGUAGCGCCAGAAUCAAGUCCAACCAGAACAAGCAGUAACGAUAAUGCGACCUUUAAAACGCCAUCGCCCCCACAGCGACAACAGACACAACAACCACAUCCGCAGCAACAACCGCAGAGUCGACAAAAAGCAGCAGCUUCCACCACUGGUGCAACCAACAAUGUCCUGAAUAUAACGCCCACAACAGAGUUCACAAAGCGUUUGCUGGCACAGGCCAAACAGCAGCCUUUACCUCAAGCCAAGCAGCAGCAACCACAACAGCCACAGACGACACCAACAACAAGUGCGACUAUUCAACGAUUAUCCUCGAGUACAACCAUUACAAAGGUGGCUAAGCAACCAACAGGGUUGGAACGGAAAAUACCGCUUCUCAAUAAACAAAACAUUACGAUCAGUCGUAUAACCACCCAAACAGCAGCGAGUGGCGCUGCUAAGCAAGUGGCCAGAGUGCCGACAACAGCCAACAACCAGCAGCAACCACAACAGCCACAGCAACAGCGACAACAACAACAAUCGCCAUCAACACAGCAACAACCCAAGCCAAUAGUCAAUCAACCAAAGAGCCACCCACCAAGUGGUGGUGCCAACGCCAACAACAAUAUCAACAAAAAGUUGGUGUGCAAACCUCCCGUCGACAACAUUUCCAACAACAACAAUAAUAACAAUACCAACAACAGCAAUAAGUCUACGACGCUACAACAUUGUUCACCAUUUCCAAUUCGAAAAGUGGGGAAUGUCUCACAUGAGGCUCCACAGACUGCUCAACAAAGUCCAGUUGCUGCAAUUUCGGGUGCCGAAGCAGCAACGUCAACAGGCACGGGAACAACACCAACAACGCCGAACAGCACAUUUCCCUGUCCCACCUGCGGUCGCGAAUUCAAAAAGAAGGAACACCUCACACAACAUGUGAAGUUACACGAAGGACUGCGGCCCUUCAAAUGUUCGGAGGAGAACUGCAGCAAGGCAUUUAGUCGUAAGGAGCAUUUGUCCCGUCACCUGAUCUCACACUCCGGCCAGAAAAUGUUUACAUGCGAGGUGUGCAAGAAACCCUUUUCGCGCAAGGAUAAUCUCAAUAAGCAUAAGCGGAUACACACAGCGCAACCCAACGAAACGCUGUACAGUUGUUUACUUUGCAAUAAAAAUUUCGCCACCAAGUCGCACUACGAGAAGCAUCGAGAAAUGCACGAGAAAUCGCAGUUGGAGCUAACGGCUGGACCGGCAGCGCCGGCAACUGCAACUGGGAACAACACGGCCAAGCAGCAACUCAAUCAGUAUGAAAUAAAGCAGCCCCAAAUGCAAAUGCUGCAGACUGUCGCAUCGGCGUCGCAGCAACCUCAGCAGCAGCAGCAGCAACAGCAGCAGAUAAUGCACGUGCAGCUGCAGCCAACGGUGGUCACCACACAGGAUCUCGCGGGCAAUACGAUAACGAUAACGCAAGCAGCCGAUACAAACUUGCAGGCAUCGCUGGGCAAUUUUGUGCAGCUCGGCUUUCCACAAUUUCAAAAUGGCAGCACCACGACAAACCAAAUUGUUUGCAAAAUUGAAAAGUAACUAACUGUAAAGUACGAAUAAGAAUUUUGUAUUGUCUAGUCCGAUGAUUUACGUAUACUUCUAUCCCCAGUCGUAGUAGAGAUCCUUGUCCAGUGCUAUUUCCCAUUUUUAUUAUGUUCUAUUUAAUAGCUGGCACUGAGAAGCUGCCUUUGCGUUGUGCAAAUUGUAUAUAUUGCAUUGUAUAUAUUUGUUUUAAUGUUUGUAUUACCUUGUAUCUCUCUAAUAUUGUUUAAGUGCCAUAAAGUUAAUUGACAAACGCAGUUUUGUAUAUAUUUAAUAUUUGCUUUAAUUGUAAUUUAAAAAUAAAAAAUAGA